AUGAAAUCCACAUUAAUUUUGUUCACUUUAGUUUUUGUCAUAACUCAAGUUUCUGCGGGCAUCAUCGAAAAUAUCAUCAUUUCGCCUCCAAAAUAUCCGUACAUUGGCUCUUGUUACUACUACGACCCUGUUGAAAAUUUAACAUUCGUUUGUGUCGAAAACGCGCGUCAACAUAACUUUUUUACCUCUGCUCCAUCCAUGUGCUUAAAUCAACACAUGUUUAGCUGUUGCCGGGGUGGAUAUCAAAAACAUUGGAUUAAGCAUAUUAAUUUUCAAUCUUGCGAACGACCAGAGCUUCCAAGUGACUUUUUCAAAGUGUAUAAAUCAGUUUUGACUUUUGAUAUGUCGCAAUUGAGAUUAACAUCGCUGCCAGUGAAUAUGUUUUCGGAUGCUGCCAAAUUAGUCAAGUUGAACGUUUCGAAUAACGAAAUCAGCGAAAUUCCAUCAUUUUUAUUUCACAAAAACGAACAAUUAACUGAAGUUGAUUUCGCAUUCAACAAAAUCGAAGUCAUCGAUGAUUAUGCAUUUGCCGGUGAUUUUAAUUUGGAAAAAAUAAUUUUAUCUCAUAAUCAAAUUGCUAGCUUUGACAAAGGAAUUUUGGAAGCCCAUUCAAACUUGACACAUCUGGAUAUUUCAAAUAAUCGAAUUAGCAUCUUGAAAGAGGAUACAUUUGGAACGCUUCGCAAUUUGGUUUCUCUGAAUUUAUCGAGCAAUUCGAUCAAAAAAUUGGAAUACAAAACAUUUGAAAAUCUUGCGAAUCUUCAACAUUUGAAUUUGUCGCGUAACAAUUUAUCGGAAAUUGAACCGAAGACAUUUUUGAAUCAAACAAACCUACUCUCUUUGGACUUAUCGCACAAUAAAUUGAUGAAAUUGGACAUUCAUGUAUUCACACCACGGCCAGAUCAAUUGCAAUUGCUUGUGAUAGGCCACAAUCAGCUGCGAGAACUGAAUGGAUUUACGAGCUACCUUAUUCCUAACACAAAAAUCGUCGGCAUCGAUACGAACCAAUUUAAUUGUUCAUACUUGAAACGAACGUUAUUUCCAUCAAUCACGUGGAAACACUUGGAUUCAAUAGCAAACCGAAUCAAUUGUAGCUCGAGUGCUGUUGUUGAAAGUACGACCACUGAUGCUACCACUUUUACGACCACAGUGAGAUCAAUGGCAACAACAACAAAAUCGAUAUUAGCAUUGGUAUCAUCAGACGCUCUUCUAACAACGACACCAACCGUGGCUGACAACAUGACAACAACAACGAUUGUUCAACGCAGUCCAAUCAAUGAUACAUCAGAAGGAAAAGUAACGUUAUCGGACGAAAAGAAUCAACCACCGAAAGAAAAUGAAAGCAACAGACCGAAUCCUAUAAAUGUUGAAGCCAAACAUGAAGGCACAAGCAAUUCCGCACACACUACAUUGUUAAUGAUCAACACACUGAUUUUAGUAAUCAUCGCAAUCGCACUAGUUUGGAUUUUGCUUCAAAAACGAACACCCAAAAAUAACGUUUCCUCGCAAGUCACUUACCAUCGAAAUGCGGCUGAAGCGUCGAAUUGCGUGGAAAAUAACGAAUACGAAGAGAUUGUUCCAUCGGUGCAAAAUGAUUGCAAUCGGAAUUCACCAACCAAUCGUCUCCAAACGGUGCCAGAUGAUCUGUUUUCGGAUGCUGCAAAAUUGAUUAGAUUAGAUUUGUCGAGUAACCGAAUCGAUACUUUGGCAGAAAAGGCAUUCGAAAAAUGUCAGAAAUUAGAGCUAUUAAAUUUAUCGGGAAAUAUCUUGAGCGAAAUUAAAUUGGGAGUUUUUUCAAGUUUAACGAACUUGCAAACACUCGACUUAUCUGAAAAUCGAUUGAAUACGUUGGAUAUUAAUGUUCUCUCGAUGCAGUUGGAUCAAAUGAAAUUGCUUUCAAUCAGGAAUAAUCAACUGCAAGAGCUUAAUGGAUUCAACAGCACGCGUAUUGUUAACAUGAAGAUCGUUGGCAUCGACAGCAAUCGAUUCAAUUGCUCGUAUUUGAAAACUCUGAUCCAAUCAAUCAAUCGGACACACUUGGACGUCGUAUCAAACCGAAAUGAAUGUAGCCCGGGCAAUGGAUUACCAACUAAUUCAGGUAAUGAAUUGACAACUUUAAAUCCAUUAAAUAAAAAGGUGGACGAAACGAUUCAUGAAAAUUUCAAAAGCCAAAAUGAAGAUUCAAGGAAUUCAACGCAAACAAUUUUGUUAAUUAUCAACACAACGCUUCUAUUAAUCAUGACAAUUACACUUAUCAGUGCACUCGUUUGGAUGCUGAUUCGAAAACGAUCGCAGAAAAUAGAUAUCUUUCCGCAAGUUACUUACCGUCGAAAUGUUCAACCACCAAAAUCCAUUGAACAAAACGAAUACGAAGAAAUACGAAAUAACAUCACUGAACCGCCAGCGUAUCUUGAGCCAUUGUUGGGUGAAAUUAAGGAAGAAACAUUCAAAGAAUUGUCUAAUUUAAAAUUCUUGAAUUUGAAAGAAAUGAAUCUGGUUAAUUUUGACUUUGCCACAAUCGGACAUCUCAGCCAAUUGGAGAAGCUCGAUAUUUCAAAAAAUCACCUGAGAAACUUGGAUUCGAUGUCAACGUUGAAGCGUUUUGAAAAGCUGAAGGAUUUUGACGUGAGUGAUAAUAAUUUGGGAAAUGGUGGCGAUUUGAUACGACAGUUACCAUCAUCACUGACAUCUCUGGAUAUCUCCGGGAAUUAUGUGGGUGAAAUCAUUUCGAAUAUGUUUUCAACGCUCAAUCAAUUGGUUAAGUUGAAUUUAAGCCGUACAAAUCUUCUCAGCUUCAACAUCAGUGCAAUUGAACAUCUUAGGAGUCUGCGUUGGCUUUCGAUUUCUCAAAAUGGCUUGAAGAAAGUGAAUUUUACAUUAUUGUCAACGGAUUCGGUGAUGUCAUUGAAUUCCAUUUAUUUGGAUAUGAAUGAUUUGAACGAGUUAGACACACUUUUACCCGAACAAUUUCCGGAAAUUCACAUGUUGAAUAUUUCAAAUAAUCGAUUCUCAUGCAAAUAUUUGGACAAUUUUAAACUACAAUGGAUACAAUCAGACAUUAGAUCCCCUAUGUUUUAUGAUGAUGGAUGUUUUGAUGGAACUGAAUCAUCGACAACAACACACCCAGAUCAUGAUGGUUCUUCAAAUCUGGUACUGUAUAUUGUUCCUCCUUGUGUAGUGAUUAUCGCUGUUGUGGCUGUAGUUGUGGUAGUUCCGGUGGUACGACGAAGGCGAUCGAAGGAAAAUGGAGUGCAGACAACUGUUGUUUACACUCAAGAUGAACCAACAAUCAAAUCUGAUGUGGAGAAUGUGAAUCCAGCCAAUCAUUUUUACGAGGAAAUCAAAGAAAGGCCCACCGUAUAUGAUCGACUUAGAUUCGAAACUGAUCCGAUGCCAUUAUCACAACACACACUUACUCACUAUGAUAAUGCUAGGAUUCUCAAACACGAAUUGAAAAUGAAACUCAAUUUGAUUUGGAUUGCUUUAGCUUUUUUGACAGCUCAAGUACUUGCUGAAUAUUUGGAAAUUGAUGGCUUUGAAAAAUAUCCGCACAUUGGCGAUUGUUAUUAUUACGAUGAUGUUUCUGGAGAAAGCAAUUUAACGUUCGUAUGCGUCGAAAGUAGUCGCCAACAUGACUAUUUUAAAUCCGAUGUUUCAUCAAAAUGCUUGAAUCAACAUAUUUAUAUAACACCCGGAACCGGCUCAAAUGGAUAUUCCAAGGCUUGGAUAGGAACCAUAAAUUUUCAAGAUUGUGAACAACCAGAGCUUCCAAAAAACCUUUUUAAUGUGUAUAAUAAUCUACAUACUUUCAAUAUGUCGUACCUUGGAUUAACAUCCCUCCCAGUGAAUAUGUUUUCGGAUGCUGUCCAUUUGAUCAAUUUGAACGCAUCACACAAUCAAAUAGAAGAAAUUCCAUCAUUUCUGUUUCACAGCAACGACGAAAUGUCCCAAAUCGAUUUUUCAUUCAACAAAAUUCGUACGAUUAGUGACUUUGCAUUCGCCGGCAAACUUAUUCUGCGAAAAUUGGACUUGAGCCACAAUCGAAUCUCAGCAUUUAACAAGAAAAUGUUCGACAGCAAUGCGAUUUUGAAACGCCUAGAUAUUUCGAAGAACCGAAUCAGUAUUUUGGAAAAGGAUUCAUUUGAAACAUUACAAGAGUUGGUGCAGCUAGAUUUGUCAGCGAAUAAAUUGAGUGAAAUCAAAACAGGAGUAUUUUCAUCUCUAACGGAAUUGCAAUUGCUCGACUUAUCUGAAAAUCGAUUGAAGACGUUGGAUAUUAAUGUUCUCCCGAUGCAGUUGGAUCAAAUGAAAUCGCUUUCAAUCAGGAAUAAUCAACUGCAAGAGCUUAAUGGAUUCAACAGCACGCGUAUUGUUAACAUGAAGAUUGCCGGUAUUGACACCAAUCGAUUCAAUUGCUCUUAUUUGAAAACUCUGAUCCAAUUAAUAACUCAUAAACACUUGGACGUCAUUUCAAAUCGGAUUGAAUGUAGCCCAGGUAAUGAAUUAACGACUUUAAAUCCAUUAAAUAAAAAGGUGAGCCCAACAGAUGAAAAGAAUGAACGACCGAAUGAAAGUAAAUGUGACGAAACGAUUCAUGAAAAUUUCAAAAACAACAAUGAACAUUCAAGUAAUUCAACGCAAACAAUUUUGUUAAUUAUCAACACAACGCUUCUAUUAGUCAUAACAAUUGCACUUAUCAGUGCACUCGUUUGGAUGCUGAUUCGAAAACGAUCGCAGAAAAUAGAUAUCUUUCCGCAAGUUACUUACCGUCGAAAUGUUCAACCACCAAAAUCCAUUGAACAAAACGAAUACGAAGAAAUACGAAACAAUUUCAGUCUACAUGAACCGCCAGCAUAUCUUCGGCCAUUGGCAUGAGCUAUGGCCAUGAGCUAUCAAUAUUAUUAAGUUAGAAUAAGAGUGGCAUGAAUGGUUUCAUGAAUGACUUUCAAAGUUUAUAAUAAUUUAAUAAUAUUUUAA